CCUUGGGGAGCCACUGACGGGCUUGGAUUGCAGAUAGUUGCGCCAGACAGCUCCGAUCUGUACACGCCUCUGCGACCGUGUGUCUGGUAGGCGGAUCGAGUUACCUCCGCAGUUUGACACGGUGGUGCUAGUAGAUGUAACGGACAGAAUGCUCAAACCAAAGCGCAAGAGGUUUAGUUUCGCGGAAGAGUCCAACGAGGGGGAUGUGUGUUUCUCGCCGGAAACCGUUCAACGGAGAAAGUCAGGUGAGAGCGGCCUUGUUGCUUCAGAGGCAUCUUAUCUUAUUCUGGUGGAUUACAAAAAAAACUAUGCAAUUUGCACUGCUUUGAUCGUCAAGGAGUUGUUGAUAGCGGAGUGUCAAGGCAGGGCGGAGCGUAUUCCUCAAUUGGUGCCGCAUUCAUCUCAAGUGCCUGUGACCGCCAUGUUUCUUAUGAUUAUUUGUACUACAGACUGCCUGCGGAAUCCCAUGUUCGCUAAGGGUAUCAUGUACGCCGCGGAGAUCGGAGUCGGCGUGUUGCCUAUCAUCGCGGAGACUAGCUUCCAGUUUCCAAUGUCAGUCUUAUACGAUGAAUUCAGAAAGAACGCGAACGAGGUUUUGUGGACGCCAAGUAAACGCGUACGUACACCGAUCUUUGCCAGGCCAUCAUUUGGCACAGGAUUGACCUCACAAGGGUCGGUGUAGGUGGUUACUUGUCGUUUUCCUGAGGUGUUAUCUGCAGUUAAAAUGUUUAGACGUUUCAGCAUCGACCUCUACAUCGAUGCAAAGCGCUUCGCGUGACCACCACCGGACCAUCUGAUAGUGCAUCCGCCUGUUGCAACAUCAGUGCGGAUGGUUACUUCUACGCGAUCUUCCAGCUUGGAGCCCUUUUCUUUUCCAGCGAUCGCGGCCGUUACUGGAUGGGGGCCAGUUGCGUCACGAUUUGCGCCCGCGAGGUGUGGUGGAGGGGCCUGGUAAUGUUUGGGCUGGGAGUGGCUUGGGAUGAUGGCAGCGGC